UAAUGGCCAAAGAAUCACAUGGCAUGCAUUUUCAACCCUAUAAACAAAGAUUACCACCACACCCACCAACCUUAUCUAUGGUCAUUGUUCAAAACAACAAGAUGAACCAAUGGCCUUCUACUUAAGCAUAUGCAAUUGGCCAACCCCUUGCAUGAUAAUCCUCUUUAAAUUACACAAUUACUCUUCUCCUCUAAAAAAUUCUCCUCUACUCUUAUUAUUCUCCUCCUUCCCUUCUUCUUCCCUAUAUAUGCAUCUCCAUUGCCAAACUAUCAUAUUCAUAUCCCUAAGAGAAGAACAAAGAAACCAAAAACACAACAAAAAGAAUGAGUUCUCUCCCUCAUAUAGUAGAAGACUGCAUGGGUGUCCUCCAACUCUUCAGUGAUGGUACCAUUUUUAGGUCCAAAACUAUAGAUUUCAAUCUACCCGUCAACAAUAACACCUCCAUCCUCUUCAGUGAUUGUCUCUUCGACAAAACUCACAACCUUCAUCUCCGUCUCUACAAACCCAUGUUGAUAUCACCCUCAAACAACAAACUUCCCAUUUUAUUUUUCAUUCAUGGCGGUGGUUUCUGUGUAGGCUCUCGCUUGUGGCCUAACUGUCACAACUGCUGUCUGCGGCUAGCUUCCGGGCUCAACGCUCUUGUUGUUGCACCGGACUAUCGUUUGGCGCCCGAGCAUAGGUUGCCGGCAGCUAUGGAGGAUGGAAUUAGUGCCAUGCAAUGGCUGCAAGCUCAAGCUUUGAGGAGUGAAAAUGGUGGUCAUGCAUGGCUGAGUAAUGGUGAAGUAGAUUUUGAGCAGGUUUUUGUUUUGGGUGACUCUUCUGGGGGUAAUAUCGCACACCACUUGGCGGUUCGGCUUGGUGCUGGUUCGAGUGGGUUGGCGCCGGUUCGUGUGCGAGGUUAUAUCCUGUUGGCGCCAUUUUUUGGUGGGCUUGCUAGGACAAAGUCAGAGGAAGGCCCUAGUGAACAUUUGCUGAAUCUAGAGAUUCUUGACAGAUUUUGGAGACUUUCUAUGCCUGUUGGAGAAAGUAGAGAGCACCCAUUGGCGAACCCAUUUGGACCAGCUAGCUUGAAUCUUGAACCAGUUGCUCUUGAUCCGAUAUUGGUGUUGGUUGGUAGCGAUGAAUUGUUGAAAGAUAGGGUUGAGGACUAUGCUAAAAGGUUAGAAGAAAUGGGGAAGAAAAUUCAGUACCUUGAAUUUGAGGGAAAGCAGCAUGGUUUCUUCACGGAUGAUCCAUUCUCUGAAUCUGCAAAUGACGUUAUUGAACUCAUCAAGAAGUUCAUGCUUGAGAACUCUGCUUAA